ACUUCCUUUUUUCUAAUUCACUAAUGUAUUCUGCUGUUUUUGAGAGUGCAACUUCUCAGAUGUGCUCCUUGGAGCUGGUGUGCAGUGUCCUGAGUGUAAGAUCAAGUUCAAACCUGUUAUUCCUGAGAAAACUUCUCUUUUGAUCUCCGCCCUUGGUGGUCCAGGUCUUCAUGCUGCUGUGGGUGAUAUUACUGGUCCUGGCUCCUGUCAGUGGACAGUUUGCAAGGACACACAAGUCCAUUAUUUUCCUCCAGCCUCCAUGGACCACAGUCUUCCAAGGAGAGAGAGUGAAUCUGACUUGCAAGGGAUUUCACUUAUACUCAACACAAAAAACAAAAUGGUACUAUCGGUACCGUGGGAAAGAAAUAUCAAGAGAAACCCAAAAAAAUACCCUUGAGGUUCAAGAAUCUGGACAGUACGGAUGCCAGGCCCAGGGCUCCCCUCUCAGUAGCCCUGUGUACUUGGACUUUUCUUCAGCUUCGCUGAUCCUGCAAGCUCCACUUUCUGUGUUUGAAGGAGACUCUGUGGUUCUGAGGUGCCGGGCAAAGGCGAAAGUGACACUGAAUACUACUAUUUACAAGAAUGAUCAUGUCCUGGCAUUCCUUAAUAAAAGAACUGACUUCCAUAUUCCUCAUGCAAGUCUCAAGGACAAUGGUGCAUAUCGCUGUACUGGAUAUAAAGAAACUUGUUGCCCUGUUUCUUCCAACACAGUCAAAAUCCAAGUCCAAGAGUCAUUUACACGUCCAGUUUUGAGAGUCAGCUCCUUCCAGCCCAUCAGCGGGAGCCCAGUGACCCUGACCUGUGAGACCCGGCUCUCUCUAGAGAGGUCAGAUGUCCCGCUCCAGUUCUGCUUCUUCAGAAAUGACCAGAUGCUGGGAUCAGGCUGGAGCCUCUCCCCGAAGUUCCAGAUUACUGCCAUGUGGAGUAAAGAUUCAGGAUCCUACUGGUGUAAGGCAGCAACAAUGGAUUACAGCAUCACAUCUAACAGCUUGAGAUCCUGGAUACAGGUGCAGAUCCCCGCAUCUCGUCCUGUCCUCACUCUCAGCCCUGAAAAGGCUCUGAAUUUUGAGGGAACCAAGGUGACACUUCACUGUGAAACCCAGGAAGAUUCUCUGCGCACUUUGUACAGGUUUUAUCAUGACGGUGUUCCCCUGAGGCACAAAUUAGUCCGCUGUGAAAAGGGAGCAUCCAUCAGCUUCUCACUGACUACAGAGCAUUCAGGGAACUACUACUGCACAGCUGACAAUGGCCAUGGUGCCAAGCCCAGUGAGGCUGUGAGCCUGUCAGUCACUGUCCCUGUGUCUCGUCCUGUCCUCACCCUCAGCUCUGCUGAGGACCUGAUUUCUGAGGGAGCCAAGGUGACACUUCACUGUGAAGCCCAGAGAGGUUCACGCCCCAUCGUGUACCAGUUUCAUCAUGAGGAUGUCGCCCUGGGGAAUAGGUCGGCCCACUCUGCAGGAGGAGUGUCCAUCAACUUCUCUCUGACUGCAGAGCAUUCAGGGAACUACCACUGCACAGCUGACAAUGGCUUUGGCCCCCAGCGCAGUGAGGCAGUGAGCCUCUCCGUCACUGUCCCUGUGUCUCGUCCUGUCCUCACCCUCAGCUCUGCUGAGGCCCUGACUUUUGAAGGAGCCACUGUGACACUUGACUGUGAGGUCCAUAGAGGUUCCCCACGAAUCCUAUACCAGUUUUAUCAUGAGGACGUGCCCCUGGGGAGCAAGUCAACACCCUCUGUGGGAAAAGUGUCCUUCAGCUUCUCUCUGACUGCAGAACAUUCAGGGAAUUACUACUGCACAGCUGACAACGGCUUUGGUCCCCAGCGCAGUGAGGCAGUGAGCCUCUUUGUCACUGUUCCAGUGUCUCGCCCCAUCCUCACCCUCAGGGUUCCCAGGGCCCGGGCUGUGGUGGGGGACCUGCUGGAGCUUCGCUGUGAGGCCCUGAGAGGCUCUCCCCCGAUCAUGUACUGGUUUUAUCAUGAGGAUGUCACCCUGGGGAGCAGCUCAGUCCCCUCUGGAGGAGAAGCCUUUUUCAACCUCUCUCUGACUGCAGAACAUUCUGGAAACUACUCAUGUGAGGCCAACAAUGGCCUGGUGGCCCAGCACAGUGAUACAAUAUCACUCAGUGUUAUAGUUCCAGUGUCUCGUCCCAUCCUCACCUUCAGGGCUCCCAGGGCCCAGGCUGUAGUGGGGGACCUGCUGGAGCUUCACUGUGAGGCCCUGAGAGGCUCCUCCCCAAUCCUGUAUGGGUUUUAUCAUGAAGAUGUCACCCUGGGUAAGAUCUCAGCCCCCUCUGGAGGAGGAGCCUCCUUCAACCUCUCUCUGACUACAGAACAUUCUGGAAUCUACUCCUGUGAGGCGGACAAUGGUCUGGAGGCCCAGCGCAGUGAGAUGGUGACACUGAAAGUUGCAGUUCCAGUGUCUCGCCCCGUCCUCACCCUCAGGGCUCCCAGGGCCCAGGUUGCGGUGGGGGACCUGCUGGAGCUUCACUGUGAGGCCCUGAGAGGCUCUCCCCUGAUCCUGUACCGGUUUUAUCAUGAGGAUGUCACCCUAGGAAAUAGCUCGGCCCUCUCUGGAGGAGCGUUCUUCAACCUCUCUCUGACUGCAGAACACUCUGGAAACUACUGCUGUGAGGCCGACAAUGGUCUGGGGGCCCAGCGCAGUGAGACAGUGACACUUUAUAUCACAGGCCUGACCGCGAACAGAAGUGGCCCUGUUGCCACAGGCGUCACCGGGGGUCUGCUCAGCCUAGCAGGCCUUGCUGCUGGGGCACUGCUGGUCUACGGCUGGCUCUCAAGAAAAGCAGGGAGAGAGCCUGCCUCUGACCCCUGCAGGAGCCCUUCAGACUCGGACUCCCAGGAGCCCACCUACCACAAUGUACCAGCCUGGGAAGAGCUGCAACCAGUGUACAGUAAUGUAAAUCCUAGAGGAGAAAAUGUGGUUUACUCAGAAGUACGGAUCAUCCGAGAGAAAAAGAAACGUGCAGUGGCCUCUGACCCCAGGCAUCUCAGGAACAAGGGUUCCCCUAUCAUCUACUCUGAAGUGAAGGUGGCAUCAACCCCAGCCUCCAGAUCCCUGUUCUUGGCUUCCUCAGCUCCUCACAGAUGAGUCCACACGUCUCUCCAACUGCUGUUUCAGCCUCUGCACCCCAAAGUUCCCCUUGGGGGAGAAGAAGCAUUGAAGUGGGAAGAUUUAGACUGCCCCAGACCAUAUCUACAGGCCUUUGUUUCACAUGUCCUCAUUCUCAGUCUGACCAGAAUGCAGGGCCCUGCUGGAGUCUCGCCUAUUUCCUAGUUACAGCCCUGACUGGCAGGUUUUUUAAUCCAGAGGCAAGGUGCUCCCACCCCAAGGCCCAGCAUAUCUCCUGGCUUCCUUAGUGGGCUUCAGCUGUGGUUGCUAUUCUAAAUACUGCUCCCAUCACACCCCCACUGAGGGGGUCUUACCACACAAAGGGAGAGUGGACCUUCAGGAGAUGCUGGGCUGGCCUAACAGCUCAGGUGCUCCUAAACUCCAACACAGAGUUCCUGCUUUGGGUGGACGCAUUUCUCAAUUGUCAUCAGCCUGGUGGGGCUACCACAGUGUGCUGCCAAAUGGGACAGCACACAGCCUGUGCACACGGGACAUGUAAUGCAUCUCCCCACGGGGGCUGCAUUUCACACUCCUCCACCUGUCUCAAACUCUAAGGUAGGCACUUGACACCAAGCUAACUUCUCUCCUGCUGAUGUGUCAGUGUCUACCUGCCCAAUAAGUGGCUUUCAUAUAUCAGGUCCCAGGUACCUCCCAUCCUAACAGAAGUAACCCAGCAAGUCAAGGCCAGGAGGACCAGGGGUGCAGACAGAACACAUACUGGAACAUAGGAGGUGCUCAAUUACUAUUUGACUGAAUGAAUGAAUGAAUGAAUGAAUGAAUGAAUGAAUGAAUGAAUGAGGAAGAAAACUGUGGGUAAUCAAACUGGCGUAAAAUCCAGUGUGUUCCCUAGGAAAUCCAGGAGGUAGUCUGGCUUCUCUGAGUAAGACAUAAUGGAAGAGAAGGAGCUUGGAUGAGGAAACUGUUCAGCAAGAGGAAGGGCUUCUCACACUUUCAUGUGUUUGUGGAUCACCUGAGGAUCUUGUGAAAAUACAGAUACUGAUUUGGUCGGUCUGCAUAGAGCCUGAGACUGCCAUUCUAACAGGCUCCCAGGGGAUGCUGAUGCUGCUGGUCCUGGGACCACAGUGCAUGCAUAUGAGGCCCUGUAGGUCUCAGCAGAGGCCCAUGGAGAGGCAGUGUGUGGCUCUGGCUGCCCAGGGCCUAACUCGGUUCACAUGGAUCAUGCUGCUCCCUGGCCAGCUCUUGGCCGCAGCACCACCAGCUGCUGUUGCUGAGAGAGCUUCUCUGUGACAUGUUGGCUUUCAUCAGCCACCCUGGAAAGAGGAAAGUAGCUGCCACUAUCUUUGUUUCCCCACCUCAGGCCUCACACUUUCCCAUGAAAAGAGUGAAUGUAUACAACCUGAGCCCUCUCCAUUCAGAGUUGUUCUCCCAUCUCUGAGCAAUGGGAUGUUCUGUUCCACUUUUAUGAGGUCCAUCACACCUUAUCUUGAUCUUUGCUCCCAGUGGAUUGUACAGUGAUCACUUCUAAGCCCCAUGGCCCUGAAAUAAGAUCCUUCCAGGGGCAUUGGAAGCUCACUCCACCUCCAACAUGGCUUUUCAUGCUUCUAAGUGUCAGAGCCUUGCCCAGAUAGACAGGCUGGGGUUGCUGCCCCAACCUUUCAAGGAGGAAAGCAGACACCUGAGACAGGAGCCUGUAUGCAGCCUGGUGCAGCCUUGCAGAGUACAAGGCCAGAGGCAUUUGUCAUCACUACAGAUAUGCAACUAACGUAGAAGUGGAGCAAAAGAAAUGCAUUCCCACUGAGGCCACUUUUUUAGGCCUAGUUGAAAGUCAAGAAGGACAGCAGCAAGUGUAGGCUCAGGAUUAAAGAAAAAUAUCUGCUCACAGUCUAUUCUGGAGGUCACAUCACUAACAAAGCUCACACCCUAUGCAGCUCUGAGAAGGUGGAGGCACCAGGCUCACAAGAGGAAAUUUAAAAUUUCUCGUUGGGAAAGUAAGGUAUCCCCAUCCCAGAAUGAUAACUGCACAGUGGCAGAACAAACUCCACCCUAAUGUGGGUGGGCCCCGUCCAGUCUGUUGAAGGCCUGAAUAUAACAAAAGGGCUGACUCUUCCUCAAGUAAGGGGGAGCUCCUGCUUUGGGUGGGGACAUAAAUUUUUCUGCUUUCAGACGCAAACUGAAAAAUGGCUCUUCUUGGCUCUUGAGCUUGCUGGCAUUUGGACUGAAAGAAACUACACUGUUGGAUCUCCUGGAUCUCCAGCUUGCUGACUGCAGAUCUAGGGAUGUGUCAGCCUCUACAGUCACAAGAGCCAAUUCAUUCUAAUAAACCAAUCUCUCUGUGUGUGUGCAUGUGUAUGUGUGUGUAUAUAUGUAUAUGUGUGUGUGUACACAGAUGAGGUGUGUAUCUGUGUGCUUACCUCAUGUGCAUGUGUGUAGACACAAACACACACACACACACAAGCACACACAUCCUGUUGGUUCUGUUUCUCUAGAGAACGCUGACAAACACAAUGAUUAACAAGGAUAUGAGAACCAAAUGGGCGGGCUGAGCAUCUGCUCUCAGGGCUGGACUUCCCUGAGAGGGAACGCUUCCGUCUUUAGAACAGAUUCGUUUUUCUAGUUUGCCGCCUUGUGCUGGUCCUGAGUGAAGAGGAAGGAGAAAGUGAAUAAAUUCCCCGUGCUCUCGCCUGGGAUAGGACAGACCCAGUGAAAUGGGUCUAUCUGUAAUUCAGAAUGGACAAAGAGCAAACCGCAGCCUCGAAGAUAGUGUGGCCUGGAGUGGAUUUGAGUUCUCGAGGGACAAAAUCUCAACUGCCCAGCAGAGGUCUCAGGAGGCUCCACAGAGGCAGAAUGUUUUCUUUAGGGGGACGGCCCCUCAUGCUAGGAGAGCAGUAUGGCUCUUGUGACUGCAGAGGCUGACACAUCCCCAGAUCUGCAGUCAGCAAGCUGAAGCACCAAUAGUGUAGUUUCUUUCCGUCCAAAUGGCAGCAAGCUCAAGACCCAAGAAGAGCCACUUUUCAGUUUGAGUCUGAAGGCUGAAAAACUAUGUCCCAGCCCAAGGCAGGAAGAGUUCCCCCUUACUAGAGGAAGAAUCAGCCCUUUUGUUUCAUUCAGACCUUCAACAGACUGGAUGGGCCCCACCCACAUUAGGGAGAGCAACCUGCUCUAUUUAGUCUAGUUAUUCACAUGUUCAUCUCACCCGGAGAGACCCUCACAAAACACUCAGACUCAUGUUUCACCAAAUGUCUGGACACUCUGUGGCCCAGUGAAGUUGACACAUAAGCUUAACCGUCACAAUCACAAAGGUGGUCUCUCAGCUCCACACAUUUUUUGGGUUGUUUCUCAGUUGGUUCAGAUCUCUGAGCUGUUACUUUUAGGGUCUCCUCAAAGAGAAGAGAGGCUCGGCUUCCCUCACGUUUGUGGUUAGAAGAAAGCUAUUCCAAGAUUAUGCCCACUUCCUCUUUUUGUUUUGUCUUUUGUCACUUCUCAAAGUCCACCUGUCUCUUUGACAACUAGCUGACCUGUUUCACGUCUCCUAAUUUUAUCUCAACUAGCCAACCUUAUUGUCUUUCCCCUCUUCCAAUCUCCUCUGAUUAAUACUGCCUACUCAACAGAGAGCUUGCCGUAAGAAUAACUACUACUUGUUAAGGAAUUAAUGUGUCAUACCUUAUGCUAAGCUUUGUGCAUAAAUUAUCUUCUUUAAGGUGCAUAACAGGCCUAUGCAAUACGUAUCCAUUACUGUCCCUGUUCCCAGAACCAAGCCGAGUUUGGCUGCAUUUUCUCAAGGCCCAAUAAUGAGAAGCAGACAAACUAGGAAAGAAGGGAAUUUAUUGCUGUAACCAGGUAUAGUGAGAAGGCCAGAGAUAAUUCCAUCAGUCCAACUCAAAGUGUUACAAUUUUCUUAGUGCUUAUAUAGGUUGGGGUUAUGUUCCUAUGUGCAGUAUAGCGUUUGCUGAAGUCUGUUGGUAACUAACUUUGUUUCAACUAGAAGGUCAGAGGCAAAAAAAAAAAAAAAAA